CAGAGGAGGAAGUGGGCGAGUAAAGAAGAAGAAUGUAAUAGAAAGCGACGGGGGGAGUACAGCUGCUGCUUAAAGCUGCACACUUCUCAGCGCGUCGGACAGCAGCUCCGGGAGGACCGGCGGACUGACCAGUGCUGUAACCGAGUGAAGAAGGCUGCUGUUAGAAGCUCCGCUCUCUCAGGUGCCGAAGACCUCAGCAGACCAGCCAACAUCAGGACAGGAGUACGCCAUGUCUCAGAGCCAGUCAGACAACUUCCAGAUCCCUCUGGUUGUGGAGAAUCAGUUCUCCACAGAACUACAUAUAUAUGAGUCAGGCGAUGAGUGCCCUUUACCAAGCUCCUCUGCACCCGAGCCUGAAACAUGUGCACCCAAAGAGGCGGAGGAGGAACAAGUGGACAGGCUUGUGGUUCCUCAGCAGGUGGUUCUGAGCACAGAGAGUCCUGCUGCACUGAAGGUCGGCACCCAGCAAAUCAUCCCCAAGUAUUUAGCCAGCAGGCCUAAAAACCGACACCACACCACUGUGGUAACAUUCCCAGUGGGCCUGGAGAACUCCAGCAGUGCGAGCCAAACCCGUCGCUCAACCCCGAGGCCGGAUGUGUCCUGGGAGGAUUACGACAGUGAUGGAGAUGGUUCUAAUAUGUGGAGGAACCGCAGGAACCAGUCAUACAAAGUGGCAAUGACUAGCUUGAAUGUUGAUGCCUUGGUGACAGGACAAGAGACUGAAUCCAAAUUGAAACCUGUUAGAGAGGGCAGAGCACCCAGUCCUGCCCCAGUUCGUAGCACUGGACGCAAGGGAACCCUGGGGAGAAAGAGGAACCAGAAACAACGUGGCUCAUUCAAAGAUGCUACACCACACCUCUACCAGGAGAUCCGUGAGCGGGGGCUGCACUCCACCAACCAAGAAGAAUCCCUGGAGGUGGAAUCUCCUGCAGAUAAUCAGGAAAUUGUGAUAAAGAGCUACCGACCAAUCCAGCUUACCUGGAGCCAGCUGCCACAGGUGAAGGACACCGGUAUUCUGAACUUGGUCACACCUCAGGAGAGAAAGAGACAGGAGGCCAUUUUUGAGAUCAUGACCUCAGAGCAUUCGUACCUGCACAGCCUGGGCAUCCUGGUGCGCAACUUCAAGGAGAGCGAAGCACUGAGGAAAACAAUGACGGCCACAGAGCACCACCACCUCUUCUCCAAUAUUUCCGUCAUCCACGAUGUUAGUCAAAGGUUUUUUGACGACCUCGAACGACGUCACUCUGAAAACCCAGUGAUCACAGACAUUAGCGACAUUAUUCAGAACCAUGCUACUAACCACUUCGAGCCCUACAUUAGCUACUGCUCCAACGAGACCUUUCAGCAGAGGACCCUGCAAAAGCUGCUGUCAAGUAACAAUGCGUUCAAAGAGACCCUGAAGCAAAUCGAAAUGAGCAGUGAAUGCCGAGGCCUCCCCAUGCUCUCCUUUCUCAUCCUUCCUAUGCAGCGAGUAACCAGACUACCACUACUGCUGGAUACAAUCUGCCAGAAAACUCCACAAGGGACAGCGCAGUACUAUGCUGCUAUCUGGGCGCUGUACUCCAUCAACAAGUUGGUCACUAGCUGCAAUGAUGGGGCAAGGCGGAUGGAGAGAACGGAGCAGAUGUACACCAUCGAGAAACAAAUGGAUUUUGGUAAAAUCAAGGCAUUCCCGCUGGUGUCGUCAUCACGGUGGCUGAAGAAGCGCGGUGAGCUGCGCAUCUCAACGGAAGAGUUCAGCAUAUGGAAGGCUUUCAGCACCAGAAGCUACUACCUGUUUGUCUUCAGUGAUGUACUGAUUGUUACCAAGAAGAAGAGUGAGGAGAGUUUCUUGGUGUUGGAUCACGCUACUUUGGAGAAUGUUGAGGUGGAGGUCAGCGAUGAAGGAGAGAAACGGCUGUCUCAGCCAACUAGGAACAGCUCCGGCUACCUUUCCUUUAGACUGCGGAUGAGCAAGAGCAGCGAUGGGAGAGCAGAGCAGAUCUCCCUAGUGGCCGAAUCCAGGGUUGACCGGGAACGAUGGAUAGUUGCUCUUACAGAGCACAAGCGGCCAGGUGGCUCCACUUACACAGAUGGCCUGCCACAGUACGAGGCCACCAAAUCCUACAUGCCAAAGGAGCCAGAUGAACUGGGUCUGAAAGAGGCCGAGCUUGUCAUUGUCCUGCAAAAAGAAGACGGAUGGUGCUAUGGAGAGAGAAUGCGAGAUGGAGAGAGGGGCUGGUUUCCUGAUAGCAAUGCCACAGAGAUCACCAACCCCGAUGCCAUAGAGAGCAACGUACAACGAAUGAAGCGCUUGCGCAAAGAGACAAAUGUCUGAGGGACUCUACGGCGACUGCACGGUUGGUGAAUCAUACUGAACAUAAGAAACUAACAAUUACAGUAUGUGGUCCAGAAGUCCAUUACCAACACACUGAAAAACAUUUACUGGGUGUAGAGAAACUCUUAAAUGACCAUUAAAGCCAUUCUCUGGUCCCAGAUGAAUACACAAUGCAAUGAUUCAGGUUCCUAGUUUCACCUAGUGUCUUUUAUGUUGCUCUCUACUGUCAGACUAUCAAGAAGCAUUUUAAAGUGAGUUGAUCUGGUUCACGAACAAUUGAACAUUAAGGAUUUUUGUCCACCUGGAGAAUGUGCAACAUAUGAAGACUUCAUGGCCAAGUGUACAUUUUACUCCCUUUGUAAAGCUCAACCCAGUCAUUUCAUUCUUGUUUAAAGCUACAUUUUAAGCUUAAUUUACUUACCAUAGUAAAAUGGUAUAUUUGAUAAAUACUGAUUACACUGGAUUAAUGUCUAGAAUGUUUUAUAAGGUUUAUUAUCAUGCUGUAAAAAAAAUUUGCCAAAGUUCUGGUUUAACAUUUGCCAUUGUAAAUGAUUUAUGAUAAACUGCACCAUUGCUUAACUCCCUCAUCUUUAUGUGAAGUGGGAAAUCCUUACGCUGUAUUCUCUGUAACUGAGAGAAAUUAGAUGGUUUUUGCCUUUGUUUUUAUCCUGUAUACUUGAAAUAAAAACCACUCCAGACAUUU